UUUAACAAGGAAAACAAAACGCCCAGGCUCCCCUCCAAAAUCACGUCACUACGCCGAUCGCCUCCUCCCAGCCUCGGCCGUCGUCGUCGUCGUCGUCUUCCUCCUCUUUCGCUUUGGGGGCUCCUCUUUCUUGUCCCUUUUAGCUGGGGUCUCUUCGUCAAAGCCCUGCGCUUCCUUUGGAAGUUUCCAUUUUGACCACUUCCUCAAAGCAAUUUACACGUCCUUGUUCAGAUAAAGGUUUUUCCACGAUUGUUUCUUUUGUUUGGGGGGGUCCUCGGCUGAUCCAUCGACCCGGCUCUCUUCUUCCAAGUCCAAGACUGCCUCUUGUGUUGUCCAGGCCGGCUGGUCCCAGGUGGUGUGGCGAUCAGAUCAGCAUCCUCCAGUUCUCUCGCCCACGCUUCAGUAAGCUUAAAACCGACGCCAUCUCAUCUCAGGAACGCAGAGCCAAAGGAGCAAUCAACCGCAGCAGGAAGCCCCACUCGAUCCGUCCUCGUCGUCGCGGCAAGAAAGACUGAUCGAUCGGUGAUCUGAUCGCCGGUCGGGAUAAUGGAGCAGCUCCGGCAGCUCGGCGAGGCGUUGGGUGCCAUCAACGCGCUGAUGGUGUUCGAGCCCGAGCUCCGCGUGAACCCGCGGCAGUGCCGCCUGCUGGCCGACGCGUGCGCGCACGCGCUCGCCGCCGUCACGGGGGAGGUGCGCGCGCACCUCCGCUUCGAGGAGCGCGGCGCCAAGUGGCGCGCCGUCGAGCCGCCGCUCCGCGAGCUCCACCGCGCGUUCCGCGACGCCGAGGGCUACGUCCGCCACUGCCUGUGCCUGGACCCGCGCGGCGGCGGCGGGGGCAGCGGCUGGUGGGCGCGCGCCGCGGCCGCGGCGCACGGCACCGAGUGCGUCGAGCAGCACCUCCACGGUAUCCUCUGGUGCGUCGCCGUCGCGGUCGAGGCCGUCGAGGCCGCCGCGGAGAUCGCCGGCGACGACGCCGAUGAGAUCGCGCGGAGGCGGGUUGUGCUCGCCAACAAGUACGACGGUCGGAGCAUGCUCGAGCCCAGGAUGUUCCAGCACGCCUACGGCAAGCUGUACCUGGUGUCCCAGGAGUUCGUCGCGCGGAUGGACACGGCGUGGAAGGAGGACAGGUGGCUGCUGUCGCAGCUGCUCGACGAGAUGAAGUCGCCGGCGGCGCCGAAGCCGCUGACCAAGAGCGAACGCCGGCUCGCCGACGUCCUGGCCGCGCCGCGGGGAAAGCUGCACCCGGCGUCUGUCCUGCUCAACGGGGACUACAGCGUGCGGAGGCGCCUCGGUGGCAACCUGAAGGAGGCGCAUUGGAUGGGGGACAGCUUCGCCGUGAAGCAUUUCAUCGGGGACGCCGACGCCGAGGUCUCGAUGCUCUCGUCGGUGGCGCACCCGAACGUGGCGCACGCCGCCUACUGCUUCCACGACGAGGAGAGGAAGGAGUACUUCGUGAUCAUGGACCAGCUCAUGGCCAAGGACCUCGGCAGUUACGUCAAGGAGAUGAGCUCCCCGCGGCGGCGGAUCCCGUUCCCCCUCGUCGUCGCUGUCCACAUCAUGCUGCAGAUCGCGCGCGGGAUGGAGUACCUGCACGCCAACAAGAUCUACCACGGCGAGCUGAACCCGUCCAACGUGCUCGUCAAGCCGCGGCAGCAGCCUGACGGGUACGUGCACGUCAAGGUCGCCGGGUUUGAGCGGCCGGCGGGCACCGUCACAAACGGCGCAAAGGCGUCUGCUAAUGGCAAUGCCAACGCAGCCGGCGCCGGCGGCGACGACACCUGCAUCUGGUACGCGCCGGAGGUUCUCGAGCAUCAGGGGAGCCGCGACAGGCACACCGAGAAGGCGGACGUGUACAGCUUCGCGAUGAUCUGCUUCGAGCUGCUGACGGGCAAGGUCCCGUUCGAGGACAACCACCUGCAGGGCGACAAGACGAGCAAGAACAUCCGCGCCGGCGAGCGGCCGCUGUUCCCGUUCCAGGCGCCCAAGUACCUGGUCGCCCUGACCAAGCGGUGCUGGCACGCCGACCCGGCGCAACGCCCGCCGUUCGCCUCCGUCUGCCGCGUCCUCCGGUACGUGAAGCGGUUCCUGGUCAUGAACCCGGAGCCGCAGCAGGCCGACGCGCCGCCAGCCGCGCCGGCCGCCGACUACCUCGACAUCGAGGCGCAGCUGCUGAGGCGGAUCCCGGCGUGGCAGCGGGGCCAGGGCGCGCCCCCGCGCGUGGCGGACGUGCCGUUCCAGAUGUUCGCGUACAGGGCCGUGGAGAGGGAGAAGACCGCCGCCGGCGCGCACGCCAGCAGGGACAGCCGGGCCACGGAUUCCGGCAGCGAGGAGAACUCGCUGUGCGGCGACGAGAACGGGGUCGGGGCGACCACCCCAGACGACGACGCGUCCACCGUGUCGGGCGGCACAGUGAGGUCGCGACCGGACAGCAGCGACGGCAAGAAGACUACUCCGGUCAGGAAGGCGGACGGCAAGACGCCGCCCAGACAAGCAGGAUCUCAGCAGAAGGUGAAACCGGUGAGCGCGGUGAAGCCUCCGCCGGCGACGAGGAAAACGGUGGGCGUGAAGCCGGAGCUUCCGGCGCGCCGGCCGACGUCCGGGCACACCUCUGACUAGGAGGCUGCCGCACUUGUAGCUGGUGGACUGCUGGAAACCGGCGCCGGAGCUGUCAUGUUUGCGCGAGCGUGGAAAUAGAAAUGGUGUGCGUUCUAGCAGGUCGCUUUUGGUGAACAAGGUUUUUGCAGUGGUUGAUUCGUUCGAUAGGUUCUUGGUUAGAGUCUUCGGUCUUGCAUUUGCGUAGAUCCUUGGCCUGCAAGUUUGAUUGUGGCACCUGGAUUGGAUUGUUCGGGCACUUUUAUAAUUUCCCCCUCUCGUGAUCAAAUGAUGUGCCUGACACCUGAGUGUUCCAAGAGAGAAACAUUUUAGGCCUUGCCAUGGUUGAUUGGCUACCUGUCA